AUGCGGUCAUCAGAAAAGCUGAAAUCUAUACUGGCGGAAAAUUUAGUCGCUAAAACUUUCGUCACCAAUACAGAUGAUAUGAAAAAAUAUCGGGUUUCGGGGUGUGCUUGGAGGAGACUUGUGACGACUCUAAAGAAGAGCAACCAUGGAAAAGAAAGGUUUUCUGGGACUGGAGAGGUUAAACAGUUUCAUCCUCUAACUGUUAAGACUGGUUUGUGGUGCGACAUUUAUGUGCAAAACACUCUUGUCCAUGUCUAUAGCAUUUCUGGGGACAUUGUUAGUGCUGGCAAGGUGUUUGAUGACAUGCUUGUGAGAGACGUGGUCUCUUGGACUGGUUUCAUAUCUGGGUAUGUCAAGGCUGGGUUGUUUAAUGAGGCCAUUGGAUUGUUUUUGAGGAUGGAUGUGGAACCUAAUGUAGCAACCUUUGUCAGCAUACUUGGGGAUUGUGGGAAAUUGGGGUGUUUAAAUUUGGGGAGAGGGAUUCAUGAGUUGGGUCUGAAAUGUCUAUAUGUGAAGGAGUUGGUGGUAUGCAAUGCUGUGUUGGAUAUGUAUGAGGUGCAAAUGUUUGAUGAGAUACCUGAGAAAGAUAUUAUUUCUUGGACUAGCAUGAUAAGCGGGUUAGUGCAACGUCAGUGUCCCAGGGAAUCACUAGACUUGUUCUGUCAAAUGCUGGUCUCAGGUUUUGAGCUAGAUGGAGUUUUACUAACUUGUGUGCUUUCUGCUUGUGCCAGCCUUGGGCUUCUUGACUAUGGCAGAUGGGUCCAUGAAUACAUUGAUAGUCACGUUAUCAAGUGGGAUGUUCAUAUAGGAACUGCAUUGGUUGACAUGUAUGCAAAGUGUGGUUACAUAGACAUGGCACAGCGUAUUUUCAAUGGAAUGCCUUCCAGAAAUAUCCGUACUUGGAAUGCCUAUAUAGGUGGUCUAGCCAUAAAUGGACAUGGAAGGGAAGCAUUGAAACUAAUUUUUUUUUCUAAAGACGUGCUACAAAGCACGACUUCUUCUUCUUUACUGCAAACGUGCUUUUUUUCUGAAAACGUGCUCAAAGAUUUUAUUUAUUUAUAUAUAGGAGUAACUAAUUAA